GGUGGACUUCGUGCGACAGCGUGACAGCUGACGUGUGCUGACACGAUGUCAAAUUUCGUAAAAUUUCGAUUUUUCACCUAACCAAAGAGCAAAAUUCUCCGAAUCCGCGGCAAGUUUACGUGAAAUCGAGCAAGGUUCAAUGGUAUGAGGUCAACUGGGUAUGUCAUCUCCGGUACAAGAGUCGGACUGUAACACCUCGCCAGCACCUGACCCAGGGACCACUCACAAUAAUGACCCCGACGUUGUCGCGACAGAUUCAGAUAGCGACACCGAUAAUCCCGAAGCGAGCGUGGCAGACCGUCCCACGUUAACCCUCAAAAUGUUGAACUUGUGCAAAGAAUUCCUGAUCAUGAUUAUCAUCGCGGUGGCCUACGCUGCCCUAACUAACGAGACCCCUCCGAAAGUGAGCAAAAGUCCAGCUGCGUACCCGUUUUUCCCUCCAAAUUCCAAAGUGACGGACUGGUACCGGGGGCAGAUCACUGAGGCGAUUGAAGAUGCGCGCUCGAGCGAUAUUGCGUUUGUCAUGUUUUACGCCCCGUGGGAUGCCGAGAGCCAGACGGCGCGCAAGCAGCUGGAAAUCGCAGCGCAGUAUAUGCAGAAAGAGGUGGCUUUUGUGGCGGUUAACUGCUGGCAGCCAGGCAGCGAGUGCAAAAGGCAGUACAGCAAAGUGUACAAGUGGCCCGUUUUGAUCGCCUAUCCCACACACGGGAGAGGGAUACAAUACAACGGGCCGCUGGAGGCUUUCCACAUAAUUAAAUUUUUGCAAAAUGUGUGCAAGCCCAUUUUGCGGCCUGAGACAGUUGACGAACUCAUGGGCAAACAUGAUACCGUUGUAUUGGGUAAAAUAAAUGUUCUGCCCGGCAGCUACGAAUAUGCCGUUUUUUACUCAACAGCAUUGAGGUUCCUCGAGAGGGACCCUUUCAGGGAUACAAUUUUUGCAGUCCUACCUCAAAAAUCUGACUUUGACCCCUCCAUAAGCCUCCAUGUUUGGAACGGAACAAUUGAUUUUAAAGGCGAAUUGACCACCGAAUCCCUGACAUCCUGGAUUUUGAAAAAUUCACAUCAAAUCACCAGUUGGGUUUCCCCCACUGGCAUGAAGAGCCUCAGUCUCUCAAAUUUCAUGCAACCCGGCCCCACCCUUAUUUUAUUCACUCCUAGAAACCCACUGUUGCAACAAACCGACCACUUUGAUAUGUUGCGCGAAGCCGCCUACGAUUAUUACAAUUGUGCCAACAAUUCUCACCUCACAACACGACAAAAACUGAUAAGAGAAUCACGGUUACGAAACCGUAAAAAUUAUGUUAAAAUGACCCAAAAAUGCCACACUCGCCCACCGGUGAUUACGAACGUGCCCAACAUUUGGACGAACAAUACGGAUAUUUGUAAUUGUGUGGACAAAGAGUCCUUGAAUAAAUUUUGCGAGAGUUCGGUCCUGGCCAAGCCGGUAUUACAGCAAUCUGUAGACCGCUGUCGCGGUUUCCUAUUGACGCAACAGUACAGCCAGGUUGUUUUUGAGUCACGUGGCCUCGAAGGCGGGGCUAAUAUCACAGGAUCGGCUUGUGCAAGCAAUUCAAGUUUGAAGUUCGUAGCGAUUGAUAGUUUGAGGUAUUAUCAAUUUGCCGAACGGUUGGGGGUUGGUUUGGGGCAGAAAACAGGGGUUGUUAUAGUUAAUGAUAAGAUGGAGACUCAUUACGUGAUGAGUGGUAACGUAAAUAGUGAUAAUUUACGUUUGUUUAUUUCUAAUUUUACACAAAAGACUUUACCAAGAUCUCUACGGUCGAAAGUGCACGUUAGGACGAAGUCUGAUCAUGUUUAUCCUCACUUAAAUUGCUCCAGGUCGAGUCAGUUUUGUGUGAGGGAAUUAACAACUGGCGAUUUUUUACCAACUGUGCUUCAACCCAAUAAAGUCGUCGUUGUUUUUUAUUAUUCGAAACAAUGUGCUUUUUGUAGCGGUUUUGCCUACAUGUUUUUGACAGCAGCCAGGUUGUUGAGCCCAGUCAAAGACAUAAGUUUUGUGAGGAUAGACGGCGAUUCUAAUUUACUGCCAUGGGAGUACACUAUGGAGAGCUUUCCGACGAUAUUAUUUUUCCCCUCUGUCAGAAAAUCGGAAUCUCGCGCCUUUCCCAGGAACCUCCCCAUAACGGUGCCAAACCUCCUGGGCUUUAUUCUAACAAACAUCGACCCCAUCCUCAAACUCAAAACAAUGUGGUGUAUUUGCUGCCAAACCAAGUUCCCCGAUGAGAAAAUAAAAUGUGUCACUUCACUCCGUAUGGAAACACUGACCAUAAUCGGGACAACCUUGCGUGAGUGGCGCAAUUCGAGCCGAAAGCAGAAGGUUUUAUACAAAUUGCAAGUUUUGAGGCAACUGCAUUUGUCAUUUGCUCACUCUCCCGAAGAUGUUUCGCAAAUCAAUACCAAUCUGAAUAAAUUACGGGAUUGAUUCAGGCCAAAGCCAAGUGCACUUAAAGAAACGAAAAACAUUCCGAAUUUACGUAUUUUGGGAUGUACUCAUUUAGGUUUUACCCUUGUAUCUGUGAUAAUAAUGGUUGAAUAAAAGUUUAUAAAAG